AUUAGAAAACCUGCGACUACAAUUGGCACGGCAAAUGGGACACGGACGGCGAAACGGUCUUCAAUUGAGAUGGCCACACUUACUGAUCUGGCAACUCCUGUUCCUACUAUCCGCUGUAGCUUCUGCUCAUGCCGCUGUUCAGUCCAAUUCCAAGUCUGCCGUCUACAGUCAACAGGAGCUACUCACCUGGCUGCAGCAAAGCAACUUCGGCCUUCAGGUACUGCAGCAAGCGUACAACCGGCGUACGGCCCAAGCUGAAACGGCUGUAGAAACGGCUGUGGAAAUGCCUGCAGAUGCGGAAGUGGAAGCAGAUGUCAGGUGUGUGGCACAGGUGCGUUUGCUGCUGCAGGCGGCGGAGGCCAAAGCGUUGCCAGCAUUGAAAGUGCUGGAUGCUUGGGGCAAGUUCCCACAUGGUCUGCUUUAUGGUCACUUCAGCGACAUGGGCAACUACGAUUCGUGCCUCAGUCUGCCAGAUGUUGUGGCGUCUGGAGAAACCCUUGCGAGAAGUAAAUACUGUCUAGCACACAUACAAUUCAAGAGUCUGCUGCCACAGGCAAUGGAAAAAUUAAGCAUUCAAAUUGGCGCCUGUAUUCCUGCCACUUGCAACGCGGCACAGUUGAAUCUUUGGCUAAACGAAUACUUUCAAGAGAUGUUCGAGGAUGCGGCUGCGGAGACGCCACAAGCAUUGAUGGUGCAGGAACAUGACUGCAAUGUGGCACAGAGAGAUCCCAUGUCUUCACUCGACUGGUUUGCCGUUGGUUUACUUCUGUUUCUUGUGAUCCUCGUGCUGUUGAGCACUUUAAUUGACUAUACCAAAGCACACAACAAAUUGUUGACAUCAUUUUCACUGCGUCAAAAUCUGCAGCAGUUGUUAAAGACGACAACGAGAACAUCGAGUACACCGACUCACCUGAUACCCUGUCUGCAUGGAAUACGUUGUCUUACCAUCAUCUGGAUCAUCUAUGGACACGACAAUAUGUUCAUGUUGUUGGCGCCCAACGUGAACAGCUUUGAGAUUAUCGCCUGGGCCCAGACACCCUAUUCCAUGAUUCUUCAAAGCGGCACUACAGCUGUGGAUACAUUCUUCCUGCUCAGUGGAAUGCUCCUCGUCAUGGCGACACUUCGGGAGCUGGAACGCCAAUCGGGUAAACUGAACAUUCCGUUAAUGUAUCUGCAUCGCAUAGUGCGUUUAACCCCUGUGCUCGCUGUGGCCGUACUUCUCUUCAUGACACUCUUCCCCCGCCUGGACAAUGGUCCUCUCUGGGAUCAAUUCACCGGCUCCUCGAAACUCUGUAGUGACACUUGGUGGGCGACUCUUCUCUAUGUUCAGAAUUAUGCUGCUGCCGGUCGCAUGUGCUUGGGUCAUUCCUGGUACCUCGCUGUGGAUAUGCAACUGUUUCUUCUAUCACCUCUGCUUCUCUGGCCACUUUGGCGUUGGCGUCGUCGUGCCGUAGGAGCAAUUCUUCUGCUCCUAAUUCUGCUCUUUGGCUGUGUCUUCAGCAUUGUGAUGCUGUAUCAAUUGCAGGUCUUCAAGCGCAAUGGUAAUCUUGGCGAGGACAGUCCCGAGAUGAGAUUGAUCUAUUAUACGACGCAUGCUCGUGCCACGCCCUGGUUGAUCGGCCUCCUCUUCGGCUACUUUCUGCACAAUGAGUGCGGGAGUGUGAGUGAAAGUGCAAGUGCGAGGGGAGGACGACGAGUAAGUCGUUUCUCCUGGUGGCUCUCGCUGCUCUUCUGGCUCUUGUCGCUGUCGCUCAUCUGUCUCGUCAUCUGGAUUGUUUAUCCCUAUACCCAACAAGGCGCUACAGAGAUCACUCCCCUGGUUGGGGCCUUCUAUUUGUGCUGCAGUCGCAUCCUUUGGCCCCUCGCUCUAUGUUGGCUCAUCUGGGCGUGUCAGAGUGGGGCGGGGGGCGUGAUUGAUAGCCUGCUCAGUUGGUCCUUCUGGCAACCGAUCUCCAAGCUCUCCUACUGCCUCUACAUUUGGCACCUGCUUGUCCAGACCCUCAACACGGCUCGCAUUCGCACCAGUCAACACUUUUCCAACUACGAUGCUUUUUUACACACCUGGUCUGAUUUUGGAAUCACUGUCCUCGUCUCCAUGUUCAUGUAUCUCUGUGUAGAAGCGCCUUUUGUGCGCCUGGAAAUGCAACUUUUGGGAUCCCAUCGACAACGGCAAAAAAAGAAGGCAACCAUUCAUGAUCCGACUGCCACGCCCACUGUUAAUCUGUCUGUGAUAAUGACGCCCCCAAGCGUAUCACAGCAAAAUCUAGUCGAAGCUUGAGUGCAAUUAAAAUGCGCCAAUGAAAUCAGCUUAAAGUAAUCCUAAGAUAUUAAGUUAAUCACCUUGUUAUAGUCAAUAAACAUAAGUGAAAUCAUCAUAGAUAAAA